GCGGUGCUUCAAAUCAGCGGGUUGGUUAGUUCAUUCGUGUUGCCGGUUCCAAACGGGUGGUGUAUUUCGCGCACGUGUUACAACAUCGAAAUCUUCAAGUGGUUAACAAUCAAAAGCAACAAAAUAAUAAACAAAUAAGUCUUCUGAUAGAUAAAAACAUUAAUUAUACAUUUAGCUGGGUUUUAGGGCUUCCACGACAGAAUGGAUAGUAGCGCCAAGCCGGAACGGAAAAAUCCUCGUCAAGGGGCGAACUUUCUGUCGCAAUUACUAUUUGUCUGGGCUGUGCCUUUGCUGUAUCGCGGAUCACGACAGGGCCUGAAUACAGAUGAUCUGACAGAAUGUCUGAAGGAAGAUCACUCGGAGGAGCUGGGCGAUCGGCUGGAGGACGAGUGGUACAAGGAACUAGAGCGCGCCCAUCGCAAGUCCGAAAAGCCACGUCUGCGCAACGCCUUGUUUCGCUGUUUUCUAGGACCCACCAUAGUCAACGGCAUAAUAUGCCUUGUCUACAUAGUGAUCAAAACCCUUAUACCCGCCAUACUGGCGCAGCUACUGCUGCAGUUUCAGCAUCAAUCGUCCACCUUGUCGGAAAUGGUUGAAGCCGAAGCCCAAAACUUUACCAGCGUGCUUAACCGCAAAGCAAGGGCCAUGACAGCCUUGGGUGUAACUUCGGGGGAAGGUAAUGUCAAUUCACCAAAUGCACUGGAUAGCGAUGAUCCUCUCAAGGACCAUGUAAAGAAUUUUUUUCCUGCUGCAGCGUCCAAUACCACCGAACGGAAUGCCUUGGAGGAGGGAGUUCAUUAUAUUUGGAAUGAUGUUUAUAGCCUUGGUAUCGUCUUGGUUGUUUCGACGAUGCUCGGUUGCUUCCUGGUACAUCAUGUGGACCUUCGUCAACGCCUGAUGGGAGCGCGAAUGCGCAUAGCCUGCUGCUCUCUUAUUUAUCGAAAGACCCUGCGGCUGUCCAUGAAAACAGCGGGCCAGACACCAGCCGGAUAUCUGAUCAAUCUACUCUCAAAUGAUGUCAAUCGCCUGGACUACGGUUUUAUUUUUAUCCACUGGAUCUGGAUUAUGCCCAUCCAAGCGGUGCUCACUUGCUAUUUGAUAUGGCUGCGUAUUGGCAUCCCGGCCCUGGUGGGCGUCAUUGGAUUACUGCUAAAAACUGUGCCCUUACAGUCGGCGUUAAGUAAGCUGACCUCAGUGCUUCGACUGCGCAUAGCUGAGCGCACGGAUGCGCGCGUGGGCAUCAUGAACGAGCUGGUGCAGGGCAUACAGGUAAUCAAGAUGUACGCUUGGGAGAAACCCUUUCAGGCAGUGGUCGCCGAGGCUAGACGCUGCGAGAUUCAACAAAUACGCUACGCUUCGUAUCUCCGUGGAUUCUAUCUCAGCACCAUGGUGUUCACGGAGCGUUCCACUUUGUACAUCACUUUGGUUGCAGCCGCUCUCAUGGGGCAGCAAAUUACGGCGGAUUUCGUCUUUUCGGCUGCAAGCUAUUAUAACAUCCUGCAAUUGGUGGCUGCGAUAUGGUAUCCGCUGGCAGUAACCUUCGGAGCCGAGGCGCUGGUCUCUUUGAGUCGCAUUCAGGCCUUUCUUCAGCUAGAGGGUCGCGAUGAGAAGGUCCAUGGACUAACGCAUAAAGGGCAGCAAGAUAGCGGAGAUACGCGAGCCAUUGUCCUAAAGGACAUCAGUGCCAAUUGGGACAAGGAGAAACCGCAACGUACACUACAGAACUUCAAUCUGCAGAUAGAGAAGGGACAGCUUUGUGCGGUCAUUGGACAGGUUGGAGCUGGCAAGAGUUCAUUGCUCCAGCUGCUGCUUGGGGAGCUGCCCAUAAUCGAUGGUGGCGUAAUUAUUGAGGGUGAACUAUCCUAUGCUUCGCAAGAGCCUUGGCUCUUCACCGGCACCGUUCGGAAUAACAUACUCUUUGGCGAACAGUACGAGCGAAAGCGUUACCAGGAUGUAACCAGGUGCUGUGCCCUGACUACGGAUUUCCAGCAGCUCAGCAGCGGUGACAAGACGAUCGUGGGAGAGCGUGGAGCUUCCCUAUCUGGUGGUCAACGUGCGCGCAUUAGCUUGGCUAGGGCCGUCUAUAAACCAGCAUCCAUUUAUCUUCUCGAUGAUCCGUUAAGCGCAGUAGACUCCCAUGUUGGAAGACAUCUUUUCGACGAAGUCAUUGGACCCCGUGGCAGACUGGCUCAGCAAAAGGCAACCCGUUUGCUGGUUACCCAUCAAAUACACUUUCUCUCAGAAGCAGAUUGGAUUGUUAUUGUGGACCAAGGUCGCAUCUUGAGGCAGGGGACAUAUACGGACCUAAUCAACAGUGAGUUGGACUUUGCUAAGCUAUUGGAGCGUCCGAAGGAGGCGGAAAAAUCGAAUGGCAGCUUGCAAGCAUCAUCAAUUACAACUCUGAGUGGACAUGAGGAUAUAGAGGAAGAUGAUGAUAUACCUUACAUUGAUGGCGUUCGUGAUGGGUAUCAUCCGCUGCGGAAACAAAGCAAUUCCACACAUGGCAGCAAGUCGCUUAGCAACAGUGACCAAACGGGCAUCGAUCAAGAUGAUGAUGAAUUAGCCGAGGCGCAAGCCUCUGGAAGCAUAUCGCCGCGUGUGUGGUACGAGUACUUCCAUGCGGGCAGCACCUUCUUGAGCUUUAGUUUUAUGGUAUGCAUCAUGCUGCUCUCCCAAGUGGUGUGUAGCAGCUCUGACUAUUUUGCCAAUAUCUGGACGCAGCAGGAGCAUCAGAGAUCUCAGGGGGAGCCCACUAAUUUCACCACCUACGAAUGCAUGUACAUUUAUGGCGCUCUCAUUAUUGGUGUAGUCGUCAUGACCACAUUUCGAGGAUUCUUGUUCUUUAAGACAUGCAUGCACGCCUCCAAGGUGCUGCACGAUCGAAUGUUCAGUUGUAUAUUGCAUGCGACCAUGCGAUUCUUCGAUACCAAUCCCUCCGGUCGUAUACUUAAUCGUUUCUCCAAAGAUAUGGGCGCUAUUGAUGAGCUUCUGCCGCGCGCCAUGAUGGACUUUAUACAGAUUGCUCUGGUCAUGUUUGGCAUACUGAUUGUGAUUUCUGUGGUGAAUCCCGUGUUAAUGGCUGCAAUGCUGGUUGUGGGUAUCAUCGACAUGCUCAUAUUGAAGCUCUAUCUGCGUCCCUCGCAGGAUCUGAAGCGUCUAGAAGGCAUUUGCCGCAGUCCGGUAUUUUCGCACUUAAGCUGCUCUUUGACGGGGCUGUCGAUCAUACGUUCACGUCAGCUACAGGAUGUGGUCGCCAAAGAGUUUGAUUUGCUUCAAGAUGUGCACAGCAGCGUCUGGCAAUUGACCAUGGCGGCCAACACAGCAUUGGGACUGUGGUUGGACUGCGUCAGUUGUGCCUUUCUCACAGCUGUGACUUUCAGUUUCAUUAUCACCAGUGAAACCACAUAUAGCGGCAAUGUUGGUCUGGCCAUCUCGCAGGCCAUGAUUCUUACGGGCAUGGUGCAGUAUGGUGUUCGUCAGGUGGCCGAGUCACUGCAACAGAUGACCAGUGUUGAGCGUGUGCUUCAGUACACGGAACUCGAACAGGAGACGGCGUCUAGAGGCAAGGAGCCUUCCCAACAUUGGCCCACGUUGGGUCAGGUGGAGCUGCGUGACAUGAGUUGCCGCUAUGAUCCCAAUGGCUCAGCAGUUCUCAAGCAUCUUAGCUUGACCAUUGAACCAGGCUGGAAGGUGGGGAUUGUGGGUCGCACUGGUGCGGGCAAAUCUUCGCUGAUUGGCGCACUAUUUCGUCUGGCAUACAUUGAGGGUGGCAUCUAUAUUGAUGACAUCGAAACGGGUAGUAUUUCCCUGGAGACCUUACGUACCCGUAUUUCCAUCAUACCACAAGAUCCAGUGCUCUUCUCCGCUACAAUUCGAUAUAACUUGGAUCCCUUUGAACUCUACAGCGACGCAGAAUUGUGGCGCGCUCUGGAGGAUGUCGAAUUGCGAGCGGCGAUUCCUGGUCUAGACUUUAUGGUCACCGAGCGUGGCAGCAAUUUCAGUGUGGGUCAGCGACAGCUUCUCUGCUUGGCGCGUGCGAUCCUACGCAACAACAAGGUUCUAGUGCUGGAUGAGGCUACCGCCAACGUGGAUCCACAAACGGAUUCACUGAUCCAGCGCACGAUACGUGUCAAAUUCCAGCACUGUACAGUGUUGACUGUCGCACACAGACUGCACACCGUUAUGGAUUCGGAUCGUAUAAUUGUUAUGGAUGCUGGAAAUGCAGUUGAAUUUGAUGUACCACAUUUACUGCUGAAGAAAUCGCAGGGAGUACUCAGACAAAUGGUCGAGGCCACUGGAGGAGAGGCGGAGGCACUCAAGAGUGUGGCCAGCAACUCUUUUAAGCGCAUGCAGCAGGAGCGUGAGGAGCAGCGAGCACGUGAGGAACAGCAGGAGGACUAGGUGCUGGAACUGAUCGAUAUGUAUUCAAUGCAGGACUUGGCGUUUAAUUUAAAAUAUUUAAAAUCCAGCAAGAUUACAGCCCUUUAUGUAGGCCCAGUUAAUGCAUUCAUUUAAACUUUAUGAAAAACUAAGAAAAUUUCAAAUUUUCCCGAAUUAGCUUCAUAAUAUUUGUAUGAAAAAUUAGGACAACUCAUGAACCGUACCAAAAUGAUUUACUUGUAUAUACUUUGUUAACAACGUCCCAUGUUUGUAAGCUUUGUUGGAUUUGUACUUUUUUGUUUUCGUUAUUUGUCAGUCACUUAUUUCUCGUAUCGGUUACUACUUAAAAAAUCUAGAUGUACUGCCUUAUAUGUAAGUUUAAAAAAUGCAAUGUACUUGGGAGCAAUUUUACAGUAAGUUUAAAGAGUAUAUUAAUUGCAGGAUCAAAGGUUUAAGUGUAAAGUUCUUAGAUUUAGAUAUAUCAGAAAUACCCAACGAUUUUGAAAGAACUCAAUAUAAAUAAUUUAUUUUAUAUACUCAUACAUUUGUUGGGUUGUUUGCAACAGACAAUAGUAAACCAGGAUAACAAAGUGUAAUUUGAGAUAAAUCUCCUGCAAACUUUAUAUAUCUGAUAUAAUGCACUCUAAGAAUUUUUCCUUUACCCACUUAACAUGUUAGUUAGCAUUUCAAAUAUAUUUAGUGUAUAAGAAAUCUACACAUCAAGGCCGGAUAUAAUCCAAUAAACACAAAAACAAUCACACUGUGAACUCUUGUACUUGAAACAUUGGCUGGAAAGCUGUAUGCGAAAUU